AUGUUAUACUCAAUCGUAACAAUAUUGAUUGUGAUGAUGGGGCGAAUCAACAUCGCCGGAGCCAUAAUUCCACCAAAUGGAAUGGAUGAGGAGCAACUGGAAUUUAUUGAUAAAGUGAAUCAAUUAAGACAGACGUUCGCUGUAAAGUUUAAGAUUCAGAAUAUGCAGAUGUUGAUUUGGAGCAAAGAACUGCAAAAUGCAAUCAACGAAUCAAUGCAUCACGGCAACCUUGCACAUUUUAGUGUUCGAAAAUGGCGACUUGUGGAGUUGGAUGAUUAUAAACAAACGAAUGACAUGAAAGAAAAAUUGACAUUUGACUUUGUAGAAUACUCGGUGAAGUAUAUAGAAAAUUUUACCUUAUCAGAUGUCUACCAUGGCGAAUUAGAACUUUACAAUUCGCAUCAGAAUGAAAUUGGAUGUGCUAGAUUCAAGUCGGGAUAUAGGUCCAGAGUGACUUGCUUAAUAGGACCCAAUGGGCCCCUAGCCCCAGCACCAAGAUACCAGUCUGACCAGAAAUGCACGUCACCACUCAAAUUUGACGAAGUCAACGGACUGUGCACACCGCCUGAUUUGUUUGCUGAUUCCAGAGAAUUGAUGUUUAUAGGUGUGUUGAAUGAGAAGAGACGACAGUAUGCAAAAGACCUAAAUAUUGCUAAUCUGCAUGAAUUGACCUGGAGCAAAAAUCUAAAAACAACAGCAGCAAUUCUGAAUUUUGAUUCCAUACUUCCCUCAAACCGGGCCUAUCGAAUCAUUGCAUUCAAGAAAUACUCGAACGGAUUAGAAUAUUGCGAUCAAAACUGCCCAACCCUGAAGUUCCCAACUGACGGAAACCAAGAAGAGACGUUCUAUAUGGGAUUCGAGCAGUACCAUCCAAAACAGACUGAAAUUGCGUGUGUCAACAAGAAGGAUGGGAACAAUGGCAACAAUAUUAUGUGUUUAUUGGGUCCGAAGGCAGACUUCAGAGUAGGACAGGCAGAGUUCAUAACCGGUGUCCCUGGCUCCAACUGUACUAUGGGAUAUGAGAACAAGAAUGCGCUGUGCUCAAAGAGCAAAUUGGAUGCUCAAGCGACAGUGGAGGCUUCACCAACAUCGCCACCCAAAGAAACCACACCCAAGCUCGUCCAGCAACCACCACCACCUCCACCGACAUCGGCACCAUCAACAGAAGUCACAGUCGAACCCGCUCAGCCACCACCACCCACAACCACUCAACCACCACCUAAAGAUUCAGAUGACGGUACCUGCCCGAACACCCCUCCAGGACCUUCUCAAACAAGAUUCACAACUGAGAAAGUGACACCCGAACCGCCGCCAACACAUCCACCAGAGCUCGCCGAUUAUGAGGAGAUUGAUGGCGAUGAGUAUGAUGAAGACUUUCCGACUGGUAGCCCUCCGUCGCAGAAUGUUUACUGGUAUAAUGAUAGUAGAUGUGGUGGUGGUGGAUUAGUUCUACUUUUGAGUCUUUUUGUGUUUUUCGUUUUUGUCUGA